UAUGCAGACUCUCAGGGCCCUGCUUCUCCUGCUAACCGCCUGCCUGGUGGUGAAUGCCAACCCUGUGCCCUCGCCAUCCGAAGACAUCCAGGUGCAGGAGAACUUCGACGUCUCCAGGAUCUAUGGGAAAUGGUUCCACGUGGCCAUAGGGUCCACCUGCCAGUGGAUGAAGAAGUUCAUGGACCGGAUGACUGUGAGCACGCUGGUGCUAGGAGAGGGCGACACUGAGGGAGAGAUCAGCAUGACAAGCACCCGCUGGCGGAAAGGUGUCUGUGAGGAGAUCUCUGGGGCUUAUGAGAAGACAGACACCAACGGGAAGUUCCUGUAUCGCAAAUCCAAGUGGAACAUCACCAUGGAGUCCUAUGUGGUCCACACCAAUUAUGACGAAUACGCCAUUCUUUUGACCAAGAAGUUCAGCCGCCGCCAUGGAACCACCAUUACCGCCAAGCUCUACGGGCGGCAGCCACAGCUCCGGGAAAGCCUGAUGGAGGAGUUCCGGCAAGUAGCCCAGGGCGCCGGCAUCCCCGAGGACUCCAUCUUCACUAUGGUCAACAGAGGUGAAUGCGUGCCCGGGGAGCAAGAUGCAGAGUACACUCCACCUUCGAGAGCCCGCCGGGCUGUGCUUCCCGAGGAAGACGGAGGAUCAGGGGCUGGGCCACUAGCGACUGACUUCACCAAGAAAGAAGACUCCUGCCAGCUGGAUCGUGCAGAGGGUCCCUGCCUGGGGCUGACCAAGAGGUAUUUCUACAACGGCACGUCCAUGGCCUGUGAGACCUUCCAGUACGGUGGCUGCCUGGGUAAUGGUAACAACUUCGUGUCUGAGAAGGAGUGUCUGCAGACCUGCCGGACCGUGGCUGCCUGCAGUCUCCCCAUCGUCACCGGCCCCUGCAAAGCUGCAAUCCAGCUCUGGGCAUUUGAUGCUGCCCAGGGCAAGUGCGUCCAUUUCAUCUACGGGGGCUGCGCUGGCAAUGGCAACAAGUUCUACUCAGAGAAGGAGUGCAGAGAGUACUGUGGGGUCCCUGGCUUGGGGGAUGAAGAGCUGCUGCGAGUGUCCAACUAACCCGUUCACAGGCUGCGGGGAGGCAGGAGGCUCUGGGCCAAGUGGCUGGAUUC